AUGUGUAGAUGUGAAUCCUUAGUGGCCUCUGUCCAUUUCCAAGCUAAGUGGAAUAUACCUUCCUUGCAGCGCACUUACCCGCUGAUCCCGAGUAGUGGCAAUACCCAGCUUCGGGUCUUCAGCGGCAUUCCCGACUGCGAGUAUCGCUUCAGCACGAACCUGGGAGCCCGGGAGAGCUUCACCCUGAGGGGUCUGGACUACUACUAUUCGGGCAGUGUGGCCACGAGUAGCGAUGGCACCUUCAAGUUCACCUACACCGUGGAGAGCCUGACCGAAGGUUGCUCCUCUGUGGAGGGCGGCACCCAGCAACUGUACGAGGCCACCGCCCACUCGCUCUUCCUGCGACCCUCGCACGCGAUCGGGAAGUUCUGGUACGAGGACGAGGUGCAGAAGUCCAACCGCUCGUGGGCCUUUGUGCGCACCCUGGCCAAUCUGCUGGCCACCACGCGGGUGGUUUGGACGGAGGAGUCCGCGGAGACGGUGGCCCUGGACCUGCCGGCCCGCAAUCACGAACUCUACGAGCUGAACACGGGCGACUACCUGGUCCAGGUGGCGGACCAGAAUCUCACCCAAGUGGAGCUGCGGGCCGGGGGCGUCUACGCCCUGCUGAUUGGCCAGAGCCACGGCGCCUUCGUGUCGCGCCUGGUCGAGGUGACCAGCCCCAAUUCGAUGCACAUGCUCUGGCUGGUGCCGCAGUACGUGGUGAUGACCCUCGGCGAGGUGAUGUUCUCGGUGACGGGGCUGGGCUUCUCCUACUCCCAGUCGCCGCCCAGCAUGAAGAGCGUCCUGCAGGCCUGCUGGCUAUUCACUGUGGCCUUUGGCAACGUCAUCGUCGUGGUGAUCGCGGAGCUCAAGUUCUUCGAGUCGCAGGCCAGCGAGUUCUUCUUGUUCGCCGGCCUCAUGUUCGUCGACAUGUUGAUCUUCAUGUUCGUCUCGUACUACUACAAGCCCUACGACGAGGUGGCGGCCCUCGCCGAGAGGAUCAGGGCUAGGCGUCGGGAACGCAAGUGGCAGGAUCUCGACCGAUUCAAGCGGGAAUGA